CUAUCUGUAUGCUUUUUUCAUGCUUCGAUUCAGUUCCACUUACUAGAUUCAGACUCUGGAGCCGUCGAUAACUUACUUGUACUUAUCAAGAAAGCGAAAAAGAAAAAAACAUGGUCGGUGUGCCAGAUGUUGAGUCCGAGAAGAUAGCGACCAUUCGCAAUCGCAAGAGAGCUACCGGUGGGUGCGACGGUUUGAUUGAUGAAGUAGACCGAGACGCUGGUUCUGUCAAGCAGCGCGAUGAUUUGCCAACAAAAACUUUGCUGAAAUCAGAACAGACCAGAUUCCGGAGAAGAUCAGACCCAGCUUCGUGCGAAGAUGACUUUGAAAUCAUUGCCGACACGGAUUUUCGUGCGCAGGUGAUUCGCGGAAUCUUGACCGUUUUCAUUUUUCUGCUCCUCUGGCACGGCUUCCUGUGGGUCUUGGACUCGACCGGCCUAGAAAAGUCCGUCGUGCGGUGGGAAUCAGGUCUACGGGCCUCACUGAAUUCACACAUAACCUCCGACACAGCAGAGGCGACCCAGCAAUGAAAAGCCAUCGGCUGUCCUUCGUGAAUGAGCAGGAUGAAAGUGGACAGAAGGGAGAUUGCAACAGUACGCCAAAAAUCAAAUUUCCGCCGUCGGCGGCAGACAUCGCAAGUCAUCCGGAGCCGCUCGCCUUCCGUUAUUCUCCUGGGUCGAGCCUUCCACUCGCCUCGCCUGCACCACAUAAGAGGAGGACGGCGGCUGGAAGCAAUAAUUCAACUACUGGCCGCGUUGCCAAGCAAACAGAUGGCCAGCUCUAUCGCCAAUCCGCAGCGAAGCUAUCCCGCCUGUUCCCGCAUCUCGCUUGGAGCCGCCCUGACCGCCCCACUCGCAUCAACCUGGAUUCGUUUCUUGGCUAUGAUAACACCUCAUUGGAAAAUUCCGCUCGUUGUGGUACGACAGCCGUAUCCGUAAUAAAGACACCGAAUGCAGCGAACAAACCAUCAGCAGCGACUCACGAACCGUGCGUGUCAGUGUUUGUGGACGAGAUUAAGAAGCUACAGAGGAUUCUCAACCUCGACGUGGUCCAUGCCGAUUUGUUGCUGUAUGAGCAGCCUUGUCUCCUCGGGUGGCACCAAGACUCUUUCGACAGACGCCGGCAUCUGUGCACCGUAGUUUUGGAUCUCGUCAACGACACUCUGACAGCUGCAACGGAAAAGCAGUAUGAAGGGACCACUAGAAGUUGUGAAGAAAAUCCGCUCUUCAACGUGCCGCUGCGUCGUGUAACGACCGACGAAGAAACUGACACAGGCUCGCUUGAGCGCCGCCGACGUCCUGACGGAAUGAGGAAUACGUGUCUGCAAGAGUGGUGCCCGAUCGAGCGUGAUACUACGGCUACAACCACUACAGGCCCUCAGCUACUACCUAGCCACGUUCGCAGUAUUCCGCCGACGGCGAAUUUGAGUAUUCACGGUGUCACGGCCAACAACAAUCUGGCGCACCGGUUCGUCUUCCGGCCGCACACUGAAGGCGCUUGCCGCAUCUGCCUGGUGCUGUUUUGUUGGUCAGCGAAACUUGCAAAGGAGGCGGAAAGGCAAGAGAUUCUCAUCGACAUGAGUAAGUGGUGGACACCUUCCAUGAACGAGCUUUGA